AUGCAAUUCAAUCAAUCAAUAUUUAGUAUCCAAUCAUGGUCAUUAUAUGAUUAUCAAUUUAUAGAUUUUAUUCAAAAUCAAACAAUAUCAUGUGCAAUAAAAUCAAAAUGGAUACAUUUUGAAGAAUAUUUAUUUACAUCAAUUGGUUUAAUAAUAACAUUAAUGAUAACACUUAAAAUUCAUUUAACUGAAAUACGUUUUCAAGAUUAUUAUGCUUUAUUUCGUUGUCAUAUUAUGAAUAUAUCCAUAAGUUCUUUAUUUUUAACAACAUUUUUAUUUAAUAUUCAUUCAAAUGAAAAUAUGUGUAAAUAUGAACAAAUUUUUCUACAAUAUUCUUCUAUAAUACUUUUAACAAAUAUUUUUCUUAUCAGUUUAUUUCGUAUGUUUAAUAAUUUUCUUGAAAAAAAAAUUCGUUUUAUUUUAUUUUUUUUUAUUAUUAAUCUCAUUAUACAAACAUUAAUUACAAUGAUUUGGUUAUUUAUAAUUAAUAAUAAACAUAUAAAUUAUUAUCAUCAAAUUUGUUUUCAUCAGAUACAAAUUGAUUUAUGUUUACAUGCUCAACAACCAUUAUUAUUAUCAACAAUAUAUUUUCCAAUUAUAUUUAUUUUAACAGCAUUUAAUGUUUAUCAUUUUACAAAACCAUUUGCUAUAGCACAAUUACUUGAAUCAAUUAUAUCUUCAAUUGGUCUUUUAAUGAGUGGUAGUAUGUGGUAUAUUGAUUUAUUUUUUUCAAAUCAUCCACAAAUGCCUUAUAGAUAUGUUGCUUAUGUUUUUCUACUAACAUAUAUGUUACCAAGAGUUUGGAUUUCUGAACUUGAACGUUCUCGUAUAACAGUUGAAGAGAUCAAACCACUUUUACAUGAUGAAGUUCAAUUUCAUAAUGAAAAUUGUACAAUUCGUUUUAACAAUAGUGAUGAUGAUAAUUAUGAUGAAGAAACAGAUAUUUAUAUUCAUCAAAAAGAUCUAUCACAACAAAAUUCAACAAAUAAUCAAACUAUUCAACCAAUUAUUCGCACAACAAAUAUGUCACCGGGUGAAAUAUUUUCUACAAUGCUUGAUAAAUAUAAUGCAAAACCUGGUGGAUAUCUAUAA